AAGUGGCGUGAUGACGUAAGCAGGAAGCCCGAGCUGCUGUUUUGUCGUGGUUUGUGUCGCGGUUUAGUUAACUGUUGGGUGUUAGAAUGCCGGUGGGGAGUCUGCCGAUCCGGGAUGCGCCAGUUCACUUUCGUUUUCUUCAGCAGUAUUUGUUUCUUCUGAAGAAAUACCCCAUUCUUACCAAAUCUGUAACGAGUGGCAUCCUGUCAGCUUUAGGGAAUAUUCUGUCUCAGAUUUUGGAGAAAAGACAGAAGACCCUAAAAGAAGCUUUAUUCAAAGAAAUCGACCUAGCUGGAGCCGCACGCUAUGCCGUUUACGGCUUGUUGAUCACUGGACCUGUGAGUCAUUACUUUUACCAGCUGAUGGAGGUGUGGGUGCCCACCACAGACCCUUACUGUAUAAUAAAACGCCUGCUUUUGGACCGGCUUAUCUUUGCUCCAGGCUUUCUGCUCCUCUUCUACUUUGUGAUGAACAUCUUAGAGGCUAAAGAGUGGAAAGACUUUGAAAGGAAACUGAAAAGAAGUUACUGGACUGCUCUGAAGAUGAACUGGAAAGUUUGGACUCCCUUCCAGUUCAUCAAUGUCAACUUUGUGCCUGUUCAGUUUCGAGUGCUGUUUGCAAACAUCAUCGCCUUAUAUUGGUACGCCUACCUUGCAUCAGUGAGGAAAUGAAACUUCCAAAGGUGUUUACUAUGACAGUGAAUCUGGAGGGAAUUGAGUCUCAACAGUUACUUUGACACUCCCAUGAACAACGGGAGUUAUUUCAACCACGUCUGCUGCAGAAUAAUUUUGUAGGUGUCAGCUUUUUUUUAUUAAAUUCAAGCAAAUUAGUUUCAGUCAUGAAUAAUCCUGAAAUGAUUAAUCAGAUGACAGUGUCAACAACAAUAAUAACAACUGAUUAUAAAGGAAAAAUGUCUAAAUGUGGCUGUUGCACGUAGAAGAUGUGCAGAUUGUUUUGCUCAUCUUUUUCAGUUUAGAAGGGAGAGUUUAGCUCUGGCAGAGGAGGUCCGUGAUGGGUUCAUUCCCUCAGAAUCAGAAUUGCUCAACCUUAAUGGUGGGUAAAAGAUAUUGCCAAUGUUUUUGUUUGUUUGUUUAGUUUAGUUUAGUACUGUUGGCCAGUCAGAACAUGUCAUUUGAUGAUGCCACACUGAACUCUGGGAAACUCAUAGUAAUUUUCCUGACAACAAAUUGCUCUUUCUCCAACUGCACAAGUGGCCCAGAUGUGAACCAGCACUGGAGUCAGAUCGUUAUGUUGUCUGGAUUGUAAUUUUUUUAUGUUAUUAACUUGUCAGUGGUUUAAAAAUAAUUUAUAGAAUGCUAAAUAAAAGUGGUUAAUUGUAACCCUA